UCGCGAGGGCAUUUGCCAAUCGCCGCCUCCCUCAGUCUCCUUCCAUGGAGAAACUGAGAAAAUUGGUGAAUGAGAUAGCCUACACCUCGCUCUCAUCCUCUCAUAAACUCUCUCCUCUCCAACGCUCUGUAAUCCCUUUCCUCUCCAUCGCUUCCUCUCUAUACCGACUCGCCCUCUCCCUCCGCCGCCAGCUCUACUACUCGGGCAUCUUCCGCCGGCGCCGAUUACCGGUGCCGGUGAUCAGCGUUGGGAAUUUGACGUGGGGAGGUAACGGGAAGACGCCGAUGGUUGAGUCGAUUGCUCUUUUCUUGGCUGAUUCUGGGAUUUCACCUCUCAUUCUCACCAGAGGUUAUGCUUGCGGGGAUGAAGCGAACAUGCUUCAAAGGCAUCUUCUCGGAACAUCUGCAAGGAUUGGUGUGGGUGCAAACCGGUUCGCAACUGCUGCUUGUUUUCUUGAAAGAUAUGGUUAUGUGGAUCCUCGUAAUGGUGUAUCAUUUGACAGACCUUGCAUUGACCAGGAAGUGGAACUUCAUCUUAAUUCUGAAAAAGUUGGUGCAGUAAUUCUGGAUGAUGGAAUGCAGCACUUGAGCUUGUGGCGUGAUUUGGAGAUUGCAAUGAUCAAUGGUUUGAUGCCUUGGGGAAACUGUCAAUUAGUUCCAUUGGGGCCUUUAAGAGAACCUUUGACUGCACUUGAGAGAGCAGAUGUUGCUGUAGUUCAUCAUGCAGACUUGGCCGUGGAGCAAAAUCUAAAAGAUAUUGAGCUAAUGAUCCGAGAAGUCAAUGAAUCCAUACCUAUUUUCUUCAGUAGAAUGUCUCCUUCAUAUUUCUUCACUGCAGUAGACAUUAACUUGAAAAUUCCUUUGAAAGCUGUUUGUAACAGGGUUGUACUAUGUGUUUCUGCAAUUGGUUUCUCAGAUGCUUUCGUACAGGGUGUUGGAAAGAUAGGACCAUCAUUUGUUGACCGGCUAGACUUCAGUGACCAUCAUUUAUUUCAAGAUAAGGAUAUUGAUGUGAUUAGGACAACACUCGGGAAUCUUGAGGACCAGUUUGGUUCCAAGCCAAUUCUCAUUGUGACAGAGAAGGAUUAUGAUCGAGAUCCUGAGAUCCUCAAACAUUUAGAUCCAUUUGAAGUUCUAGUACUGUGUUCUCAGCUUCAAAUUAUCUCAGGCCAAGGAAACACUGAGGAAAGCCUCAGGAAGGUAUUCAAGCAGCUCCUGAAAGUUAUUUAAGCUCAAGCCGGAGGGGCUGCAUUCUGCCCAUGCGUGCAGCAUCCAGAAAUUCAAAAGAGAAAACUAUGAGCACCAAGGCAGCUUAUUGAAUGAGACAAGCUACAAUCUUCUUCUUUUUCUUCUUCUUCUUCUAUUCUAUUUUUUCCUUGUAAUAGUGAAGCUUUCUUCUUUCCUAUUCUUUUCCUUGUAAUAGUGAAGCUUGGAAAUUGAAGUUGAGCUUCCCGCCAAAAAUAAAUUUUCUGUUUCUUCCUGCAGCUUCCAAGAA